GGAGGGCGACAGCGACCGCGACACGGGCAACGAGUGGGCCUCCAGCUCCUCGGAGGCCAACUCCCGCUGCCAAACGCCCACAAAGCAGAAGCUGAGCCCGGCCUCCUCCCAGCUGUUUGCGGUGGAGACGCCGCAGGAGCCCGUGGAGUGGACAGGAGCUGAGGAGUCACUCUUCCGUGUCUUCCAUGGCACCUACUUCAACAACUUCUGCUCGAUUGCCAGGCUGCUGGGGACAAAGACCUGCAAGCAGGUCUUUCAGUUUGCAGUGAAGGAAUCGCUUAUAACGAAACUGCCAACAAACGAGUUAAUGAAUCCAUCCCAGAAGAAGAAAAGGAAGCACAGGCUGUGGGCUGCACACUGCAGGAAGAUCCAGCUGAAGAAAGAUAAUUCACCAACCCAGGUGUACAACUACCAGCCCUGUGACCACCCUGAGCAUCCCUGUGACAGCUCCUGCCCUUGCAUCAUGACUCAGAAUUUCUGUGAGAAGUUCUGCCAGUGCAACCCUGACUGUCAGAACCGCUUCCCAGGCUGCCGCUGCAAGACCCAGUGCAACACCAAGCAGUGCCCCUGCUACCUGGCUGUGAGGGAGUGUGACCCUGACCUCUGCCUCACCUGUGGGGCCUCAGAGCACUGGGACUGCAAGGUGGUCUCCUGCAAGAACUGCAGCAUCCAGCGAGGCCUCAAAAAGCAUUUGUUGCUGGCCCCAUCAGACGUGGCUGGCUGGGGGACAUUCAUCAAGGAGGCGGUGCAGAAGAACGAGUUCAUCUCCGAGUACUGCGGGGAGCUCAUUUCACAGGAUGAGGCUGACAGGCGAGGAAAGGUCUACGACAAGUACAUGUCCAGCUUCCUCUUCAACCUCAACAAUGAUUUUGUUGUUGACGCUACUCGCAAAGGAAAUAAAAUCCGCUUUGCCAACCACUCGGUGAACCCCAACUGCUAUGCGAAAGUUGUGAUGGUGAACGGAGACCACCGCAUUGGCAUCUUCGCCAAGAGAGCCAUCCAGGCAGGAGAGGAGCUCUUCUUUGACUACAGGUACAGCCAGGCAGAUGCCCUGAAGUAUGUUGGCAUAGAGAGGGAGACGGACAUCAUCUAAGCUCCGGGGUGGUUCUGGCACACCUUGCUGCUGCACCUUGUAAGCAAUGCCAUGUUUGCUUCACGCUGACAUGACUGCUGCUGUUCCUGCUGCUGUGUGUGUCACAAGUGCUACUUUCCAUCCAGACACCAGAGAGACUCGGGGCAGGAGUGUAAGCAGCCCCUGGGCCAUGGCUGUCCCAGGGUGGGAUCCCCUCUGCCCCAGCUGGCUGGGAAAUGGGGACUGCCCAGCUGUGGCUGGAGUGGCACCAAGGGAUGCCUGGGGAUGGGAGAGCAGCACUAUGCAAUAUGAUACUUUGAGUAGGGGUGCCACUGAGCUGGGUAGAGAAUGAUGUUACAAUCCCUGCCUGUUGUGACCCAGGGGGGGCUUCUCAGAAACCUUCCUUGAGCUUUGUGACCCCCUGGCCCUGGGGAUAAAGGGGAAAUAUUCUCUGGCAGGGUGAGGUUUGGCCUUGCACUCCAUGCAAAAAGGAAAGAAAAAAGCACUUUAAACUAACCCUCAGCUGGUGGCUGGGCCCUGUAUUUUGGGGUGGAGGGACUGCAGGCAUCCCAGGUGUCCUGCACCUGUCAGCACCUUUGCUGGGAUGUUGCUCCAGGGCUGGGACAGGGCAGGCUGGAUGGGGCUGGGCUGACCUGAAGGUUGGGGCUGUCCCCUGAGAGCCUCAUACACCACCAGCCUCCUGCCUGGCCUGGUGCUGGGUGCUGGGCUGUGCUCCCACUGUCCAGGGCUGGGUUCCCAGGGUGACAUGGGGAGCCUGACUGAGCCCUGACCUGGCUCCAGGGCCCCAGCCCGCUCCCAGCUCUUUAGUCCAGGAACACACAGAGCUGCUGGGUUUGCCUGGGGCCCAAGCCCUCCCUGGCCCAGCCCUCACCGUACUUUCCCAGUCCCCUGCCACGGCAGGCCAGGCUGUGUGUCUGUCCUUCCUGUUGUCCCCUGGAGCAUGGAGGUGUUUAGGUGUGUCUGGAGCAGUGCUUGUAUCCCAGCACCUGCCUGAGCCUUGCUCCCUGCCACCUCCAUCCAGCCAGCUCCUGCCAGCCCUGCUCUUGCCUAAGCGUCUUCUGCCACUUUGGCCAUAUCUGCACUAUGCCAGGCUUGUGUCUGUGGUUUGUUGACAGUGAAUAAUGGUAAUAAUAAUGCACUUUAAAUAACAUGGCUUGUAGCCUUUGUCAUAAUAAAGUGGUAGCAAAGACCC